AUGAAGAUCCCAACCUCUUUGCUCUUGGCGCUGGCCGAAUGGCCGAUGGCACUCUCACUGUCCGCAACAAUUUUAACCGUGUCGGGUGAUAUAGUCCGCCGUGACGGGAUUGACUGGCAUGUUCCAACCUGGGAUGACUUUGGGUCCUCCGAAAAUUACUGCGGCAACUUCGCCAUUAAAUCUACUACUGGCGUGGCUGAUCCCCAGCUUGACGACUGUCAAAACUUGGUCAACGGUCUCCAAAGCGAGGGAUUUAUUUUGAGCCUCAGCAACGGCUGGAAUGGCGGCGAGUGGAUAAAUAUUGUUUCAUAUGGCACUUGCAAUCUAUACAUUGAUACAGAGGGGUUUCCAGACGCCACAGCAUCGGCUACAGUCGAGGUUGGGACGAAAGACCUGAUCGAUAUUCUCCAGAACGUGAUUACCUGGGCUAUAUCUCUAUCGUCGAUAUCAGUAAAUGGGGUAGGCCUAGAUCCUAUCAGUAUCAGCGAGCCUACUUUGGCCUCCGGGUCUCUCCCCGGCACGACCGGUAACAUGAAUUGUCAAAUGUGGGAUCCUUCGGUCUCAUGGAGGGUUCAGGGCUCAUCAUAGUCACAUUGUUUUUAAGAUCGCCCGAUCCAUGCUUUACAGAGAGGUACUAGACAGAAAAUUCUCAGAGAUUGAAAAGAUUUAAAUUUUCUGACAUGGCUAUGAUCUCAAAAAUAACAAGAACACAAUAAGAUAGAGCAUACAGCAAAAUAAAAAUCAAAGAGAACACAUGUCACCAGGACAUUAGAUAUAGGCAAUAUUUAGGAAUAUCAAAUAUCAGAUUCGUG